CACAGACACAACAAGUUGCUAUUUACUACGGUACGUCAAUGCCAUAAGGCGUCCAUUGUUACUCCGAUACUACCACCACCGUAAGUCACUACAGGGCGUGUCAAUUCUUAUGUCUACGAGUAUCCGUACAUACCACACAAUAAGAUGGCACGAUGAUGUCUAUAUAUUUUUCAUCACGGAGUAUUGCGUUUUAUAUGGUUCCGCACCUCAUUUUGAGAAUCACAAGGGAUACUCGUAGCUAGGUCGACUUCAGACACUCACCUCUCUCCAUACUUCUGGAGGAAAACCACACAAAUGGAAACUACCAUCACAACUCCAAGGCUCAAAUUGACCUUGGUCACAUCUGCGGAAAAAGGUGGUCCGGAAUUCGAAUGUAUACAUCAAUUGAGGAGUGACGAGAAAUCAACAUGGUGGAGUAUUCUACCUCGAUCCAAGACUUCAGGAGAUACCGAAAAGUUCAUACAAGGAUUUUUACCUGUCAAAUCUACUACUACGGUCGACGACCACACAGACACGGACGACAACGACGACGACGACGACGACGACGACGACGAUGAGAAAAGAAAGGCAUACCGAAUCGCCUACGCCGUCCACGAAAUCACUGACGACCGGCAGAAAACAGCGACCCCUGAACCGACAAAAACGUCGUCGUCCUCCUCUUCCUCCUCCUCCUUCAUCGGUCUCGUCACCUUGGUCCACGUCGACUCCCGCAACCUCGUCCUACCGGAACACCUCAGCCCCGUCGCUUCCGAAACCGCAUUGGUCGUCGAACUGGCUUACUCUUUUCUUCCGGGUGCUUGGGGCAAAGGUUACGCGACCGAAUCCGUCAACGCCGUGUUCGCGUCGUGCAGGAAGUCCACGUCUCUGUGGAAUCCCCCAUUCACAAAAGUCUACGUCCGGGCCAUAGUCAAUGCGGAGAACCCUCCCAGCUUGAGGGUCAUGGACAAGACGGACAUGGUGAAACGGGGCGUGUUCGAACUCAACGACCGUCCAGUCUUUCUCGCCGGCAAGAUCAGAGAACAUCACAUUCUCCACAUCUAUGGCAUGUACCUCGUCACAAACUAGACAACAUCACAGUCUCACAGAUAUAACAAGUCCUCUCUAA